AUGGCAGGUGACCUCGCAGUGUCCGAUGAGGUGCUUCUGGCAGAGGCCCUAAGGCUCUUUGGUUGCUCCCUGGACCUGGCGGGGCUCAGCCAGGAUGGUCCUGCCAGCAGCCCCAGACCUGGGGACCCUGAUGGCACCAGCGCAGCCGUUCCCCACCGUGACUUCGCCUCGCUCUCGCUGCCCGAGCAGCUCCUCACACCCGACUACAGCAUCCCCGAGACCAGCGAUGCCAUCCUGAGCCUCGAGGAAUUCAACAUCAUCGGGUUGGAGCCCCAGGAGCUGUGGGGGGAGGUGGGGGGGAAGGACCUGCCACCAUCCCAGCCUGCCAUGACAAAACAGCGGGUGAAGAAGCGGGGGAAGAGCACCUUGCCACAGCCCCCCAGCAAGCACAGGGCAAGCACAGCCAGCACAGGGGCACCACGGGCAGAAUUGGACCCACAGCAAGGGCAAGAUGAAGAUGGGUGGAAUGGGGAAGGAGGGGUGGUGUGUUUGGGGGUGGAGGGGGGAUUAGAGUAG